UCAAUUUCAGACGUUACUUUCUUCUUCCCCAUUCCAUCUCUCUCUCUUUCUCUCUCUUCUUCUUCUCUUUCCUUCGCCGGCGCCGGAGAUGAAGGCCUUAAGCUCUCUCUCUCCGAUCUUCUUCUUCUCGCUCGGUGAAGUGGCUCUUUCUUCCUCCGACUUCUCCUCCGAUCGAUGAGCAUCGCGGUCGAAGCGGGCUUUCUUCUGUCUCAGAUCUCCGGCUGGUUUCUUCUGCUGUUAUAGAUAGACUAUAUUAAAGUAUGUGCGGUGGUCCAGAACAAUCAAAUUCUGCAUCUACUACUUCAUCAGCAAGCUCACCUAACCCCAAAGACAUGAAUCAUUUAGCCGUUGAUUGUGAAGAUUCUUUUUAUAGUUUACUGGAGCUUGCCUCUGACAACGAUGUAGAGGGCUUCAAGCGUUUGAUGGAUUCUGAUUUGCUUUCACUUAACAAGUCUGGACUCUGGUAUGUUCGACAAAAAGGUUCCAAACAAGUUGUUCAUGAGCAUAGAACACCCCUGAUGGUUGCUGCCACAUAUGGUUGUGUUGAUGUUCUGAAGCUUAUACUAUCUUUUCCUGAGGUUGAUGUUAAUCUGUCGUCUGGCACAGACAAGAGCACUGCUCUCCACUGUGCUGCUUCCAGUGGAUCUGUGAAUGCUGUUGAUAUUGUUGAUAUGCUUUUAUCGGCUGGUGCUGACCCAAGCUCCAAGGAUGUUAAUGGUGAUCGUCCUGUUGAUGUCAUUUUUGUUCACCCAAAGCUGCAGAAGCAGAACACAAGGUUCAGGCUUGAGGAACUUCUCAAUAAUCAUGCUUCCAAUGGAUCUAUGGAUGUUUCCUGUUUGCAUUUAUCAAUCAAAACGCCCGAUUCAGAGUCACCAUCACUCUCCUCAUCAUUGGAGGAUGAAUUUCCAUCUCCUCCCAAGUCCAUGUCUUCUCCCAAAUUUACUGAUGGGUUUGCAAACUCUACAAAGGAGAAGAAAGAAUAUCCAAUUGAUCCAUCACUUCCUGACAUUAAGAACAGUAUAUAUGCAACUGAUGAGUUUCGCAUGUUCUCAUUCAAAGUGAGACCUUGUUCUAGGGCCUAUUCCCAUGAUUGGACUGAGUGUCCGUUUGUCCACCCAGGGGAGAAUGCUCGCCGAAGAGACCCAAGGAAGUUUCACUACAGCUGUGUUCCUUGCCCAGACUUCAGAAAGGGGGCUUGUAGGCGUGGGGAUAUGUGCGAAUAUGCACAUGGAGUGUUUGAAUGUUGGCUUCACCCAGCUCAGUAUCGAACUCGUCUUUGUAAGGAUGGGACAAGUUGCAAUAGACGGGUCUGUUUCUUUGCUCAUACCAAUGAGGAGCUAAGGCCAUUGUAUGUGUCUACUGGAUCUGCCGUCCCUUCCCCACGAUCAAUUGGAUCUGCCCCAACUGUAAUGGACAUGGCUACUGCAUUGGGUCUUCUGCCCGGUUCCCCUUCAUCAGUGUCAGCCUUAUCUCCAUCUCCAUUUGCGCAGUCCAUGUCUCCCUCCUCUAAUGGCGUUUCUCACGCUUCUAUGAACUGGCAGCAACCGAAUGUACCAACUCUUCAUCUUCCAGGCAGUAACCUUCAAUCUAGCCGGUUGAGGUCAUCUCUUAAUGCCAGGGAUAUGCCUUUGGAGGAUUUGAAUGUCUUACCAGACUUUGACAACCAGCCACGGAUGUUAAAUGAUAUGAACUGUUUCUCUCAGCCUCGUCCAAGUGCAGUGUCUGUGAGCCGAUCUUGCUGGACCCAGACUCUAACUCCUAACAACCUUGAAGAGCUAUUUUCUUCUGAGAUCUCUUCGUCUCCCCGAUUCUCUGAUCCAGCCACCAACGUCUUUUCCCCUACACGCAAAUCAACAUUACUUAAUCAAUUCCAGCAGCAGCAGAACAUGUUGUCACCUAUUAAUACAAGCAUUAUGUCUCCUAAGAAUGUCGAUCAUCCUUUGUUGCAGGCCUCUUUUGGAGUUUCAUCGCCAGGAAGGAUGUCACCAAGAAGCACUGAGCCACCAUCCCCAAUGGGAUCUAGGUUCUCCGCCUUUGUACAGCGUGAAAAGCAACAACAUCUCCGCACCCUCAGCUCAAGGGAGCUUGGAUCCAACGUCCUCAGCUCAUUGAUUGGAUCUCCUGUUAGUUCUUUGCCUAAAUGGGGAUCCCCCAAUGGGAAAGUGGAUUGGUCGGUUGGUAAAAGUGAACUGGGUCAACUGCAAAGAUCAUCCUCUUUUGAGAUCGGGAAUAACGGGGAGGAGCCUGACUUAUCAUGGGUUCAAUCCCUGGUGAAGGAGUCCCCACCUGAGAUGCUAAAAGAGAAGUUGGCAGCACCUGGGAUGGGCGCUGCAGCAUCCGGUGAGGACCUCAAUACCACUAAAUCACAAUUAGAAUCCUCUGAUCAUUCUGUGAUAGGAGCUUGGCUUGAGCAGAUGCAGCUUGAUCAGCUUGUAGUGUAGUACAGAAAAAAAGAAGGUAACAAAAAAGAAAGAAAAAAAAGAAGAGGCAUUUUCAUUUUACUCAUCGAGAUAGGUAUUUUUACCCCAAGAUUCUUUCUGGGUAAGGUGAAGCUGAAGGGUUUUUAACAGAGGUGAAAGUGAUGAUGAUGUGGAAGAAGAGGAAGGGAAGGUGGUCAGAUUGAUUUCCAUUCAAUUACUUACCAUUCAUUAUUUUACAUCAGUCAGUCAGUCAGUCUCAGUCAGUCUCUGGGCCAAAAAUAUUAAGGAAACUUGUCCAGGUUCCAUUAUAUUUCUCUCUCCCUUUUCUGCAAUUUCAUUUCCAACAAAGGCUUCUUGAUUUUUAAAGCUGUAGAAACCAAGAGCUUUCUUCCUUAUUUUUCCCCUUCCCAUAUAUAAAAAACUAUAAGAGAAGAGGUUUAAUUAUUAUCUUUUAGGAGGAGGAGGAGGAGGAUGUGCUGCAGAAAAAAGAUUGUCCCAACUCCCAAUUUGUUUUGAGAGUUUCCUCCAUCCAUGUAAAACUUUAAAUCUGAAUUUUUCUUCUUCUUCA